UUUUAAAGUAGCUCUUCCCCAGCUAAGAGGAGAUAUAGAGGAAGUUGAUCUACACGGCAGCUCCAUAUGAAGCCAAGUUCAUGUAUACGGGGUUCCUGCAUGUUUUUCAUUACCGGGCAAUAUUUAUUUUCGGCGAUCUAGUGUUCUCAGCUCAAGGGACGUCCCCAGAUGACGCUUGACAUGUCUCAGCCACCUGGAUACAUGAGAAAACGAGACUUUAGGUCCCAGGCCAGUCUUCAUCCAAUUUAUGCACAGAUCGGAUCCGAUGAUCCAUCGAUAAUAGAGGAGGCCCAGAAUUUGCUUUCACGGUUUAUGGGACAUUCCUCCCACGAAACCCAGGGGUCUAAGAAUGAAAAUAAGGCCACUUCACGCAAGAUUUCCAAUUUGGGAACUGAAACCGGUACUCGGUCAGUUGAUGACUGCCAAGUAGUGUGUCUUAUUUCAGAUGACUCUACACCUGAAUCAAUGCCAGACAAACACGCAGUCUCAACAGCACGACAGCAUCCAGCUCUUCACCCUCCUCUGCGAAGCUCGCGGGCAGCUGCUGAUACGGGGAGUGAUGACGAAUUAGACACCGUGCUGCCUACGACAAAAAGGAAACAAUUGAAAUUUAGGAAUACCCCUCAAGUCCGACAAGCAUCGUAUUCACCAAGGUUGCUCAGCAACAGGAGAUCCCCGGCCAGAAAUAAUGUUGACGUCCCAGGAAUUCGACGCUCAAUGCGGUCAAGAACUGGUCCAGCAAACUAUUACGAGAAUUUGAAUCUCUUCAACUUUGAAUCCGAGGAAGAUCCUUACAACAUAAAAAAUGAUGAUAUAAUUGACAGCCCAGCUCAGUCCCGGCAGUGCCACGCUAGUGCUCGCUCAUGUGAUCUUUCAGCUCCGCCUUACUACCAAGACCACCAGCUCCAAUAUUCUAUCAUAUACUCCUCAGCCACAGUGCAGAUACUCAGGGCACCAUUUACUGCGCUAGAUGACUUCAAGGACAUUAGCUAUGCACGUUACCGCCCAGAACGCAACCCAGCCGACUAUGCUAAGGGAUUAAAAGAGGAAGACCUGGUAACAGGUAAAAUCCUUCAUUUUGAUUUUGACCAAAAGGAAACGAGUGCAUUAUUGAAUUUGCUUUCAUUCUGUGGAUGCCAAUGGACUUAUUCUCCAGAGAUAGCUCCCACGGAUCAACUAAUAAAAGUCGUAUCCACAAAUAUGCACUCCAAAUUCUUCAAGAAGGUCUCAUCCAUUUUAAAUCUCUCCAACUUGCUCUCAACUGAAGACGUCAGUGAUACCAAUGCUUUGCUUCUAAAGAUAUUGACAUCGAAACCAGAUACGAGGAAGCUACGACGUGCUAGGCGACUUGCAAUGCGCCUCCUAGAGUCUCAAGAUCAACAUAGCUACAGAAGCUUUUCCACAUCAAGUGAUCAACCUUGCUAUAAUGUCGAGGAAUUGCAUAGGCUAUCAACCUAUCUGUCAUUUGCAUCUGUAUUGGGCCGGCGCCAGUGCACGGAUAUAGAGACAUUCCUUGCCGACGCCGUGAAAGGCUAUCUCCCAUCAGCCCCGUCUAUCGUUAAGGCUGCUAAAUCGGAAAGCAGCAGCUCAACAAGCCGUAAGGCUGUUGGGACUUCUGGUAAUCUCAACAGGCUCCUACAGGAUCGUGAAAUGGGUUGUCUUGUGAACCGGAAAGUUAGUUCUUGUGUCUUGAGCAACCUCAGGCUUUCGAAAACCUGGAAAGGAGCGUCGAAUGAUGUUAUAGUGCUAGCCUGGUCACCUGAUGGAACUAGAUUUGCGGCAGGUGCUACAGCCCAGUGUGACGAACAUAACAUGGAGUACAACAGGGGAAAUAACCUGAUUCUUGGGGAUUUGGCCACGAAUAGCCUGGAGGAGUUGCCGGAUCAUUGUAUUCCUCGUCCCACGCUAGUAUCAAGGGGGGCUGUGAGUGACCAUCGUCUUUUUAUGAGUGUAACAGCGUGCCAGUGGUUCGAGGACGCGCUGUAUACCGCUAGUUACGAUAAUACCGUCAAACUUUGGAAGUUCCCUAACCAAAGAGCAUCAUGCUACCAGACACUUGCUCAUGACUCCAAAGUCCAAGUUAUGGCUCGGUCAAAUUUCGAUAAGGAUCUGCUAGCGACAGGGACGCAGUCUAUCUGGCUCUGGAAAAUAGAUGAACCGAGGCCCAAUUACCUAGACUUGCCUCGCCAGCGCUCGAAAAGGGAUAUUGAGCUGGUACCAACCUCUUUAGCUUGGGGUACCACCUCGAUGACAAGAGCGAUUCUAAUUGCUGGAAUGUCUGAAAAGGGCGAUGGUGUGCCACAAAACGGCCUUCUGGGCGGAUGGCAUAUCAAUGAGGCUUCAGCGACACCCAUACAGUUAUUGCCAAAUUCUCAAAACAUAUUUGACGUAAAAUGGCAUCCGUCCCUGCCAUUAUUUGCUACGGCAAGCUCUACAAGAGGAGGGGGUACGACUCUGUUAAGCUCCAAAAGCACCAGCUGUACCGAUGGAAUCACCUAUGUGUGGGACAACAGAAACCCAGACACCGUGCUUCACAGGCUUCAGCAUGGCGAUCCACUCAAUCAGAUAGAUGAGACUCUUCCUAGAGAACAGGCGGAUGUCGGGGUAAGACUAGCACUAUGGGGGAGCUCGGUAAAUCAAUUCUAUACUGGGGCUUCGGAUGGUACCUUGAAAAAUUGGAACAUAUUGAGAUCUCCCGAUGAUGCCCUUGUUCAGGAUAUUGCCUCUUUUGGAGAAGAGAUCAUGUGUGGGGCUUUCUCGCCAGAUAAGUCCGAUCUGUUGAUCGGCGAUGCUGCCGGGGGUCUUCAUCUAUUAUCUCCUCAAGCCUCCACCAAUGAGAGCCUGUCAUUCAUAUUCAAACGUGCUUCCCAGCUACCGCAUAGCGAGUAUGACGCUGACUGUGAGUCCGGUGUCAUGGCUGCCCGUAAAGCUUUAUCAACUGGCCGCCUUGUACGCCACCCAAUUUAUGGUGUGGGCCAAGGCCCUCGUUAUAAUGGGCCUUACGCAGCAUGGGCCCGUCCAAACAACACUCCUGAGCAUCAGCUCGGGCAGACAGGUUUGAGGGAGGAAUGGCAGUUAAGACAACUUGAUGGUGGCCCCCCUGCUCUUCGGUCCGGCCUAAAUGAGCAACUACGGAAAGAGGUCGAAUGCCAGAGACAGCUCGCCUAUAUUCGCAAUGCACAGCAUGUGCAUAAAAGGAAAAGAGCAGAUUUUAGCAAUGCUAAAGAAAGUCGAGCUGUUCCUAUCGAUUUGUACAGUGAUGAUGACAAUCCGGGGUUCUCGCACGCCCCCGUCAAGUCCAAACGACUGGGCGCGCAAUCAAGAAGCGCCAUCAUUGCCAAACCAGACAUCGAAAUUAUAGAUCUUACAGGCGAUAGCGAUAUAGAGUGUGGAAUUUGGCCAAAUGAAGGCUCGCCCACCCUUUCUUCCCAAGAUGCGGACAUUGACCUCUCUGGGUUUGACCCUGUACUUACGGAGUUGGAGGACAAGUUAGAGGAUGAUCACUGGUGGCCACCCAGUGGCUUUAUAGAUCCGAAUCUCCAGAAUGGUGAUGUGUAGCUUCAAAACAACUAGCAUUUAGGUGUUCCUGGGUGUGCAAACCACCACUGUCAUGCCACAAUUUGCGAGUGGGCCCUGGUAAACCAUACAAAUACUAGUGACUUGUGUAUAAAAAAAAGAUGUAAGUGUUAAGUGUAGGUAGUGACGGCAGGGAAGAGUCAAUAAUGUACACUGGUAGCAUAACCAAGCCCUUGGAUCAAU